CGCCUCAGCGUUUAAGUACAGUGACUCAACUCUGACAAACGUUUUCUCUUGUUGUUUUUUUUCCUCUGCAGCUGGAGAAUGAGUUUGAGUGGUAAAGUGGCAGUGGUGACCGGAGCCGUCAUGGGGAUCGGAAAAGCGAUGACGGAGAAACUUCUGCAAAAUGGUGCCAAGGUCGCUCUCCUGGACAUGAAUAAAACCGAAGCAGAGAGUUUAAUGCAGACGCUCACCAAACAGUACGGACAAGAGAGGCUAUUGUUCCUGCACUGUGACGUCGAACAGGAGGAGCAGGUCAAAGCUGCCUUUCAGAAAACCAUGGACACCUUUGGAGGAAUCCACAUCCUGUGCAACAACGCUGGGAUCUUGAACGAGAGCACGUGGGAGAAAAUGAUCUCCGUCAAUCUGGUCGGAGUUAUCAGAGCGACUUAUCUGGUUCUGGAGCACAUGAACAAGUUGAAAGGAGGGCAAGGAGGAGUCAUUGUCAACACAGCAUCCUUGGCAGGUAUUGGUCCUCUGGUGAGCUGUCCGGUCUACACAGCCUCCAAACACGGAGUGGUCGGCUUCACUCGGGCCAUGUCGGCUGCCAGUGCACUGUCGGGAUACGGCGUACGCGUCAACUGUCUGUGUCCAGGUUUCGUUCAAACCGGCCUCUUCUCCAACAUCCCGGCCAGACUGGGACCAUUCUCUCACCUGAAAGAUGGAACUCAACUGCUCGUUGAAAAGUUCGGGAUAGUGAAUAUGUCUCAGGUGGUCGAGGCCUUCUUUGAGCUGGUAACGGACGAGACGAAGGACGGGGCGGCUCUGCUGGUUUUCCAACAGGAGAGAAAAUACAUGCCUGCUGUGUCUGUAACAGACUAGCUCCACAACGCGACCGGGAAAAAAGCUCUAGACACGAGAAUUCAUGAGCUAAAUUACACCAAAUACACUUAAUACAUGUUAUAAAUGUCUGUCCAUGUUUUGAGAACUCAGCCUCUCAGGGACAUCAGUCAGGUCAUAGAUAUUUAAGCAGUCAAACCUCAAGGUCACUGUGACCUCAAGCUUGAGCUCGAAAAACACUAAUCAUGACAUACAACAACUACAAGUCUGGACACGCAUAUAGAUUAUUGUGAUUAUGUUAUUUUUGACGAUCAGUCGUUAUUAUCGUAUUUGACUACUUUAAGGUUUAACUGAUGAAAGAAGGUUACUGUCAACUGAUUUGAAAUCAGCAUAAUUCUGUGAGAUGAUCACACAGUAAUGCAGCAAACUUUAAUUCAUUCCAUGUCAUAAUGAUGUCAUUCUAAAUAUAAAGUUUUGUUUGACGUUUCAGUUUCCCGGUAAUAAAUAUGCUUCAUACUGUA